AAAGAAGGGAAUGGUUCUUUGUUGGUUACUGGUCGUUUAUGCUGAUUUGUGUGCAUCAUCAACCUUUUCAACUCUUGAAAAUUUUGAAUUUCAAAUAUGCGUCCAACCGAUUCGAUACAGAGCAAACCAGGGUUAAGAGUUUCCGAAAUUGGCCCAACAACGAUGGGUUAUAUUUAAGUUGGUUCCGUCGACCGUUUUCUCAGGCUCCUCUUCCCAGAUUCCUCAACCCUCCACCUUCCUCACGAUACCCGUCAUCCACUCCCACUCAUUUUGAUCCCUCCUUUUUUCCUUCGAUCUAGACCUGAUCUUUGUCCUCACAUUGCUGGAUCCUUGACCCCGAUCCAGGAAAAAUGGCGACCAUGAAGAGUUUGAUAGGUCUCAUCAACAAAAUCCAGAGAGCUUGCACCGUCCUCGGCGAUCAUGGCGGCGAAGGAAUGUCCCUUUGGGAAGCUCUCCCUUCCGUCGCUGUCGUCGGUGGCCAGAGUUCGGGAAAAUCUUCUGUUCUUGAAAGUGUUGUGGGAAGGGAUUUUCUUCCUCGUGGAUCCGGUAUUGUCACAAGGAGACCGUUGGUGCUGCAGCUUCAUAAGACAGAAGACGGUACAACGGAAUAUGCAGAGUUUCUUCAUGCCCCAAAGAAGAAGUUUACCGAUUUUGCGACCGUGCGAAAGGAAAUCCAGGAUGAAACUGAUCGUAUCACGGGGAAGACGAAACACAUUUCAAACAUUCCAAUCCAGCUGAGCAUAUAUUCCCCUAAUGUUGUGAAUCUGACACUUAUAGAUCUUCCUGGUUUGACGAAGGUUGCUGUAGAGGGACAACCGGACAGUAUCGUCCAUGACAUUGAAAAUAUGGUCCGUUCUUAUGUUGAGAAGCCAAAUUGCAUCAUAUUGGCUAUUUCUCCUGCCAAUCAAGAUAUUGCUACCUCAGAUGCAAUUAAACUUGCUAGAGAAGUCGAUCCAUCAGGUGAAAGGACUUUUGGAGUUCUGACGAAGCUUGAUCUCAUGGAUAAAGGAACAAAUGCUCUAGAUGUGAUUGAGGGGAGAUCGUACCGCUUGCAGCAUCCCUGGGUCGGAAUUGUGAAUCGUUCCCAGGCUGAUAUCAAUAAAAAUGUUGACAUGAUUGCUGCACGUAGGAAGGAGCGUGAAUAUUUUGAAACAAGCCCUGAAUACGGACACUUAGCCAGUAAGAUGGGAUCAGAAUAUCUUGCAAAACUAUUGUCUGAGCACUUAGAGAUCGUUAUCAGGCAGCGUAUACCAAGCAUAAUUGCUUUGAUUAACAAAAGCAUCGAUGAGAUCAACGCAGAGCUGGAUCGCAUUGGUAGGCCUAUUGCUGUAGAUUCAGGGGCCCAGCUCUAUACAAUUUUGGAACUAUGCCGGGCCUUUGAUCGUGUCUUCAAGGAACACUUGGAUGGAGGACGACCUGGUGGAGAUAGGAUAUAUGGAGUGUUUGACCAUCAAUUGCCAGCUGCUUUGAAGAAACUUCCCUUUGAUCGCCAUCUCUCUACCAAAAAUGUCCAGAAAGUUGUUUCAGAAGCAGAUGGUUAUCAGCCACAUCUUAUUGCUCCUGAACAAGGAUACAGAAGGCUCAUUGAUGGAUCUAUAAGUUAUUUCAAGGGACCAGCUGAAGCUACUGUAGAUGCGGUGCAUUUCGUGUUGAAAGAGCUAGUCAGGAAGUCAAUCUCAGAAACAGAGGAACUGAAGAGAUUUCCAAGCCUAGCAAGUGACAUAGCAGCAGCUGCAAAUGAAGCACUGGAAAGAUUCAGAGAAGAAAGCAGGAAAACAAUUCUGCGUCUGGUCGACAUGGAAUCCAGCUACCUCACGGUCGAAUUCUUCCGGAAACUUCAUCUCGAGCCCGAGAAAAACCCACAGCAGGCACCCCCAACUCCAAACUCUGACCGUUACGCCGAUAAUCACUUCAGAAAGAUCGGAUCCAACGUGAGUGCGUAUAUAAACAUGGUAAUGGACACACUAAGGAACUCGAUUCCAAAAGCUGUGGUUUACUGCCAAGUUAGAGAAGCCAAGAGAUCACUGCUCAACUUCUUCUACGCUCAAGUUGGGAGGAAGGAGAAGGAGAAGCUAGGGGCAAUGCUGGAUGAGGAUCCGCAGCUGAUGGAACGAAGAAGUCAGUUGGCUAAGCGUCUCGAACUCUACAAACAAGCCCGUGACGACAUCGACUCCGUUGCCUGGAGAUAGUCGGAAAUUACUCUUUCCACUGAUUUAAAUUUUUUUUUUUAAGAAUGAUUCGAUCCCAUAGAAAAUGUCGUCUCUUUGUUAGAUAUUUAGCAAUUUCAUCGUCAACAUAUAUAUAUAUAUAUAUAUAUAUAUAUAUGUAUGUAUGUGAUACGAUUCAUUUCGUAUGAAUUUGAGUUUACAUUGGAACGAAUA